AUUAAACCCCUUUGCAAGACAUUAAGCACAUGGAAACGGCAACGGGAGAGAGAGGGAUGUGAGGGAGAAAGAUACAGAGAGAGAGGAGAUGCAGUGUGGAGAAUGCAUGUGUGUACAGGAAGGAGAUUUAAGUGGAGAGGGAGAGCAGGGCAAUAGAGGGAGGACCGUGGAGUGAGUCGGAGCUGCAGGCUGAGAGAAAGAUAUAGAGAGAGAGGAGGAGGAGAGACCAACCACACAAAGCAGCAGCACGUCUGUCUCUAUCUGUCGCCUCUUGGAUCUCCCUGAGCACAGCUGCCGGGCUGCUGCCGACUUGUGAGUGGAUCCUCACGCUCAACGGCUGUUGGAGGCAGCGCCUGAGUGUGUAGUACGCGCUAGAGUUUCCCAGUGGCCGCGCAUAAGCCUUUGCUCAACUGUUCUGGUUAUAGUACUGUCACACAUGAGUGAAGGUUUGGCCAGCUUCGCUCUGGACUUGACUCAACACCCAUGAUCCCCAGCCAACUCUGGCAUACCCUCUCACUAAGAUGGGAAAUGCCUCUGAAACAUUUCUGAUCGUGUCCAGAAUAUCGAAAGACAAUGACUUACUCAUGGGAACUCUCUACACAAUUUUUGGUGUCUUGUCAGUGCUGGGGAACGGGAUUCUGCUCUUCGUGGCCUAUAGAAAGAAGUCCUCCCUGAAGCCAGCCGAGUUCUUCGUGGUCAACCUGGCAAUCAGUGACCUGAGCAUGACCAUGAGUCUGUUUCCACUAGCAAUCCCUUCAGCCUUCGCUCAUAUGUGGUUGUUUAAUAGGACAACCUGUAUGGUCUAUGCCUUCUGCGGUGUUCUGUUCGGCCUUUGCAGUCUGACCAACCUCACGGUGCUCUCUUGUGUCUGCUGGCUCAAGGUCUGCUGCCCAAACUACGGUAACAAGUUCUCGUACUGCCACGCCUGCCUGCUUGUCGCUGGUGUCUGGUGCUACGCUGGAGUGUUUGCUGUGGGUCCUCUGUCGGGCUGGGGAGAGUACGGCGCCGAGCCUUAUGGCACGGCAUGCUGCAUCAACUGGCAUGCGCCCAGCCAAAGUUCCGCGGCCAUGAGCUACAUCGUCUGCCUCUUCUUCUUCUGCUACAUGGUGCCGUGCACCGUCAUCUUUCUGUCCUACACGUUCAUCCUCCUGACUGUACGGGGCUCUCGCCAAGCUGUGCAGCAGCAUAUGUCUCCGCAGAACAAGAUUACCAAUGCACACACGCUUAUCGUUAAGCUUUCCGUGGCCGUUUGCAUCGGUUUCCUGACAGCAUGGAGUCCAUAUGCUAUUGUGUCCAUGUGGGCAGCGUUUGGUAACCCAGCAUCUGUACCACCUAUGUCUUUUGCUCUGGCAGCUAUCUUUGCCAAGUCCUCCACCCUUUACAACCCCAUUGUCUAUUUGGUCUUCAAGCCCAAUUUCCGUAAGUCCGUGUGCCGGGAUGUCGCUCUGUGCAGAAGGUCACUCUGCGGAUGCCUGUGCCAGAGCAGCUCUGUACAGAAGGGAACUUGCAUGCAGCUUCAUCACAAAGAAGAGUGCAACUCUACAAGGUUAUCAAAUGGACUACCGGAGAACCACGGCACCUGCAGACACUGUCCUUGCCCCGAAACAGUCACUGGUACGAGAGAAAAUUGCACAGACUACAGCCCCCAGCAGACUGCCAGGAUACUGAAAGGAUCUCUGCACAGUGAGGUCGCUGUCAGUCAGCUCUCCAACGAGCUGCAGAGCGACUUCCUCUAGAGAAGCAAAUGCAGCCAGGAAGAAAAAAAAAAGGAAAAAGAUGGCAAGACUGCACACUGAAAGACAUUAAUCACAAGUUAGGGAAGAGGGAAAACGUAAGAAAAAAACAAAAAAGAUCAAGACUGACUACAAGAAAAACUAUAUAACUUUACUCAUGCCUCAAAUAUGUGAUACUGCCAAAAAAAAAAUAUGAAGAGAAUAAAACACACAGGAAAAAAAAAACACGACAAUUGAGUGAAAAGCCAAUGCAGGAGGAUAAGCAAGCCAAACAGUCCACAGACGUGUGCAUCAAUAUUACGUCAGGUCAAAUUAAUGAGCGACAACGAGCAUCUGACCAACAUCCAGCAACCAAGACAUCAGGAGUCGCAAUGCAAAUCAGUGUACGCUGGAUUUAGAGGGAGGAACUGAUACUGAAACUUUAUGCUCCCUCGACCACCUUUUGUGUGUUUAUUACAAGUACUGUAUUUGACAAUGUCUUGGAUUUGAUAUGUAAUUUAUUUAUGCAUGCCUCAAACCGAAGGACCACAGGGUUGCUGUUGUUAUCUUGUGAGAAGUUAAUGCUGUUUUCUCAUUACCGAGGGUAGAUUAACUAAACUACAGCGUGUCAGCCUCAGUACUAAUCCUAAUACAACCAGACCCCUUGAGGAGGUAAAGACCAACGCGCUGAGGAAGAACACCCCGACCUCUACCCCUCCAGCCCCCCACCGUUACCUGUGUAAAAAUUUACAUUUUUCCCUGAGGAUGUUGUAUUGACCACCCCUCUGCAGAACAGCAAUGUUUUUGCAAUGAUAUUUUGUCUAAUAUCACCUCUGUCCAGAACAGGAAGCAUGACUCAAUUACAGUGUAGAGGAAGAAGCUCUGGGGGCACGACUUAAUAUAUUUACAACGCUCACAAAGCUACAUUCUCUCCCAGUGUAUAUUCUGCUUGGAACGGUCAGUUUUACAGUUUCUGAAAACCACCAAAUAAGCUUUGUCACAACAAAAAAAGUUUGUUACACAAUAUUUGUAUGUAAUGUGUUUAUAAUAAUAUGCUAUCCAUUUCUGACCUUAUACCCGGCGAAAACAUUAAUAGUAAUAAUUGGAUGUUAAUGAAAGCUCAUGACGAUAUUUAUUGAGAAGAAGCAUCACAUUAAUCUAGGAUAAUAAGACUGAAGGUAUGUGGCUGUCUGGUUUUAAGUCCUGAGCUUGAUGAGGACGUUGAUGUUCACAUACUAGGAUCUUUGGUUCCCAAUCAAGUAGCAUCUCCACUCCUAAAUAAAGACUGCAGCGGUGUGCACUUUGAAGGAUAAAUUAUGGGUCUUAUUUUCAUCCGUUUGGUGACGUCUUUAUUGGCCAUGUGCUCACCAGACCUCAAACUACAAUUAAGCCAUGUGCGCCAACAAACGAGCUCUGUCAGCUGACGAGGCGACCCUGUGACAGCGUUAGCCAGGUCGGGGGGAUGAGCUCUGCGUUCAUUAAAUUUGGCGGCCCCGAGGCUUUUGGAAAGAGGUCAAACCUUCACCUUUCAUUCGACUGCUUUUAAUAGAUUAUGCCGCAUCCCUGAAUUUCAGUUAACUUGGUUGAUUACCAACGGCAAUGUGGUCCAUUCCUAUGAAAAUAAGACCCAUAAUAAUAAAAAAACAAACAAACAAAAAAACAGAGCGACUAAUCGGAUAGGCCUGAUUCUGUCUGUGCAAGAAGGGAGCGGGAAAAAAAAUCAUGUGGUUUAUUUAUACUGUAUGUGAGUGUAUUUUUUUUCUAGCGUGCCUCUGUGAGAAUGGACUUCAUGGGCAGAAUUUAACAGCUCUUAGUAAAUUCUUAGUAAUUUCCUUAAGGAACAGGAAAAAAAAAAGAAACACUAAAAUGUUCCUCGAGCCAUUUUAGUGUUUACUGUUUUUAACAAAACAGGAGUCAUUAACUUUAUGUCUAUGCAUGAAUAUAGACCACUUGCCUUUAGUGCUCCCUUUACCUGUUGUUCGGUAAGAGUUUGUAAUAAUGGAAGGCAUCAGCACCUGCCAACAUUACUCCAAUAGAAAAUGCCCAGCAAGCAUAGCUGAGCUUGUGCUGGUCCAACAAGUGAUUUUCCCCUUGCAGCAUAGGUCAUCACAUGCAAUUACAAAAAAGACCUGCCAUGGACAAGAUUAAUUAGAUGUGCUGGGGUGCAUGUUGUGGUUGACUGGCAUGACUUUCAUGCCAUGACUCCUUUCUUUACUGGGCUGGCGGUGACUGCAGUCCUGUGCAGUUUUUCACUAAGCUUGCCCAUGAAAGCGGUUCCCAUUUUCUGUGUUCUCACUUUCAGACUGUCGUAAAAUAAUGCGCUUCAACUCGCACAAAAACAGCACGGUCAGCACAUGUGCCACAUUCUACCGCUUACUAUUCUCCUCCAGUUAAUGCUCCAUCCUUAGUGAUGACUACUUCUUGAAAAAGUUGAUACCAACUCGGCAUCGCCACUUGAAAUAAUGCCCCGCUGGGCUUUUUCACACGACACAUAGCUCUGGGGUUAGGCACUUAUUAGCUCAGGGCUUACUUCUCUAUUACUUGUUCAGACUGAUAUUUGCGCUGCAUGGAGUUGAAAAAAAAAAGUCUCCAUGUUCAUUUCAACGUAGCGUCAAUGCAGGAGGCCCCAGUAAAACAAACACAGCGUCAUCUGGCAAAAGAGUUUAAACCGGCUCAGUUUUUAUUAUCACACAGGGUACUGUACUGAACAAUGAUGCAAGUGGUCUUUAUCUUGUCUCAUGUUUUAAGCUGCUGUGCAGUGUCUCCAAAUGUAUUUUUCAUUUUUAUACUGUAUAUUAUUGAGAUCCAUUAGUUGUUUGUUCAAUGAACCCUGCUGUUAAAUCAUUGUUAAAUGACGAACCUUUUGGUUCAUUUACAAUGUUUUUACCAUCUAGAGCUGUUUAGAAGAACAAUAAAAAUAUCCCUUUAAUCCCCAUUAUUAGGUAAUGACAAUAUGAUUAAGAUUAUGUUUAAAAUCAGGGUCAUAAUUUAAGUUAAUUUCAUGCUGAGGUGAUGUAAACACCAUAUUGCAUGUGUAUCCCAUUGUCACUUUUUGUAUCACUGCAUAACACACACACUCCCUCCUGUAUCACUACUGGACAUAAAUCAUUAGGUGCAUUCAGUAUGAAUCUAAACUGACUAGGUGGCCCUUAUUUAUUUAUUUUUUUUAAUUGCAGUGCUGUUCUCAGUCUCAACACCCAGUUCAAGCUGUUUGACCCCUUGACUGAGGGAUCUCUCUAGGCAGCCUUUAUCACAUUCUUCACCAAACACGCAAUAUGGGGAUAUUCAAUGUGACAUGAGAGAAAAGGCAGCCUACAGUCCAGUCAAAUAAAACCAGUCACUCUGAGCAUUCCUACAACUUCAAUGUAGACUUGUGACGUUUAAGUUUCAAAGAGUUUAUUUCGGCGGACACUUGUGCAAACCGUCCCGCUAUUUAAAAAAGUAAAUGAAAGAAAAGAAGCACCGUUCUCAUUUCCAUAGACACGCUGUUCACUUGUUCCUAUCAGGAUGUUACAGGCAAUAACUGUCACCUCCAACUGUUCAUCUAUGUAUACAACAGCUAUACAAAUAUUUGGAUGUGCAGGGUAGCAGCUCACCACCGUUUCUUGCUUUGUAACCUUCAGAAUGAAUUGAAAAGUACGGCACGGUUAUUACUUUCCCAGAAAAAAACAACAACAAACAAACAAAAAAACAAAACAAAAACAGAUCGAUUGUACUGACUACUCUGACGUGUUGAGAAUGUUGUUGGUGUUGUGUUGAUAAUGACAUUUCAAAAAAGAGAGGAGAAAAAAAAAUGGUGAAAAGGCUGAAGAAGGAUCUUUGAAAUGCAAGCAGAAUCUGUGCUUGUUAUUCUCUAACCAAAGGUUACGGUCUCGUUUAUGCUCACCGUCAAAGCCAAAAUGCUGUUUUUGGACACUCAUAUUUUUCUACCAAUAUGCAGGUUACCAUGAGAAGAAUAUACAUAUCAAAGACUUGGCCUCAAAGUCCUGUGCUGGACAGGCGCUGAUUGGCCCAACGUUUUGGGCAAAGAUGGACACAAAAAAAAAAAAACAGGAAUCAUAACUGUGAAAACCGAUUCUGAUGUCUCUUUUUUCUAUUCUGUUCUUCUCUAAGAACAAAUACUGCAAGUACCUAGGCGCGUAUUCUGUUUCACUAGCCAUUCCCACCUGGGUCAUCUACCUUACUUUUCAAGAAAUAUAUACAGUAUAUAUAUAUAUAUAUUGCAUGUGUGUAGAUAUGUGUUUGUACAGAUGCCAAAUUGAAAUCUUACAUAAUUAUGAAUAUCAGCCGAGGGGACAGAGAAGCCCCCCAGCAGUGUCUUGAAAUUGGGAUGAUGGGUUUUAUUUUUAUGUUGUUCCAGCUUCUGACUGGAGCCGUUGAAGGUGUUUCCCAUAAAUGCUUCUUAUUAUGAAGCUUCAGUGCAAAGUAGCUGCCAGGUCUAUGGCUUCCCCCGCUGCAGCUGGAAUCCAUUUUCCUUUAGCUCUUUUUAUUGCUGUGUGUGUAAGAGAAGGAUAGACUAAACCUUAAUAUUCUAACGGAGAGAUCACCAGUAUUAAACAUCCAUAAAGUAAUGGUCGUCAUGGCUGACCAUUAAUAAUUUACAACCAUUUUCCACCUUGUUGUUGCGGGCUUCUACGGACCCACAGCAAUCCACAUGGGAAAUUGAAUCUAUUAUGAUGUUAUUGUGUAUACAGCUUCUAUGAAGGCGUUUGUUUCUACCUCCCAGUUAAUUACAGAAUGUAUUUGUUGCUGAAUAGAAAGACUUCAGGCGCUUGGAAGAGGAGCAUACUGCGAAGAAGCUUGCUUGCAGAGAAACUGAGGUGUGGACGGGAUAUUUCGGAGGUGUGCAUGAAAUAGCUCAAGCUGGAUGCAGUUGUCAUCUAACCCUUCGCAUGUAAAAAAAAAUCCUCUGUUGGCGCCAGUUCAGGCAUCCUAUCAGUAUCAAAACCUUGGUUUAAUGCAUCCAUCUUAUCUUUGUAAAUCUUACCUGUCAAGAUGCAGCCUGGAAACAUGACAAAGACUUUGUUAAUCCCUUUCGGGACUUAAAACUCUGAAUCAGGAGAAAUACCAUAUGCAGAAUUUAUAGUUGUUUAUAUUUCACUUCCUGGAUGCUCUAGUCCUACACAAGGUAUGAAUAAUGGGAUAAAUCCUGUACGCACUGCUAUUUAUAUAUUCACACUAAUCCGCUGUACAUAAAGUGAAAUGACAUCAGAAAGAUGCAAGUAGAAUUUAGACUUGUGUUACUACAGCAGCAAAGUCUUUGCAUGGAUCCUUGUUUUCCUUUUGUCUUCUGCAAAGCAAAUGCUCUGUCCUCAGGAGAUUUGCAGGUUUGAUCUGCACUGUAUUAUAUACACACAUCAGACGUUUAGGAGGCCCUCUCCCCCAGUUUCUAAGACACAUACAAGGCUGAAUGUGAUGUGUUGUACAUAUAUGUAUGUUUGUAUCUGGCAAGAUUCUGUCUAUCUAUAUCGGUUUUAAAAUAUUACGUCAUAAUUAUUGAAAUUAUUAUCAUUGUUGUCAGUGAAGUUUCAGAUGCACUGUGAAAAUGUUUACAACUUUUUUUGCAUUGUUUUGUUUAAAAAAUAUGAAGGAUUGUAUGAAAAGAGUUUAAGAUGUCUACCUAAGGGCAUAUAAUUUGUUCUGAAGUAAAAUGGAAUGAUAAAUAAAUAUAAUUCAGGAUUCAA